AUGGAGAAAAAUGAAGAGAAACCCGUACUUAAAAGGAAUGCAUUUAAUAUACUCAAUAAUAAGAAUGAAAACAUCACGUUUAUUGAUCUAAGUAAUCAACAUUUCACUAAUCUUAACAAUAACUUAAUUUUACCGAUACACUUAUGUGAAAUAAACCUUUCGCACAACAGCUUAACGCGAGUGCCCCAAAGCAUUAUGGAUCUUACAAACAUUCGAAAAUUGGACUUAUCUUACAAUAAUAUUGAGGCAUUUGACGACGUACCAAGUUUUUGUCAUAUUAUAGAAGAUUUAGACCUAUCCAACAAUAAUAUACACAGUCCUCCUUACUGGGUCUGGGCAGCAUCUCCUAAAAAAUUAGUAAAAUUAAAUAUGAGCAAUAAUACCAACUUAAAAGAUGAAUAUUUAUUCGAAUUUUUACAACAUAAACCUCUAGUCAAGGAAGUUAUUAUUCACAAUUGUAGAAUAAAUAAAGAUUACAAGCUUAUAGCAACAUUUGUAAAUGCUAAGUCUAUACAACUUGGCAAUUCCUAUACUUUAUGUAAAGCCAAUGCUUUUUAUGAUAUUCCUUUUAAGGGCCUUAUAGAAUGUAUUAAUUUGGAAAAGCUUAAUGUACAGAAUACAUUUAUAAAUAGUGUUACAGCAAAAAUAGGUGUAUUUGAAAAACUAAUAGAAAUAGACUUGUCAUGCAAUAAGAUAGAUGCUCUGCCUAAAGAAUUUUGUACUUUAAAAAAUUUAGAAGUUUGUUUGCUAUCAUUUAAUCAGCUAUUAUAUUUACCUGAAGAAAUACUUCAGUUACAGAAAUUAAAGGUGCUAUCUCUAAAUAAUAAUGAAUUAUGUAUGCUUCCAAAUAAUUGGAGUAACAUGAAAAAUCUUAAAUCCCUAGAUUUGUAUGAUAAUUUUCUUUGUGAUUUACCUGAAAUCAAUAACUAUGAUGAAAUUGAUCUUGCCCAAAAUUAUUUUGAAGAACCUGAGAAUUAUGUUUACAUUGAAAAACAAAAGAAGAUAAGAUUAAAGUAUUCAGAACAAAGAUAUUGUGGAAGAAAGAAGGAAGUAGUUAAAGAGGAAUGGGAUCAUACUCCUAACCUAACUGAUGAUGAAUUACAAUGGAAUGAGAAUGAAAACAAUGAAACCUAUCAAAACAGACCUUCUUCAACUUCAUCUGAAGACUGGGAAGCAGAAGAUUGGUGGGUUCCACAUAUGACUGCUAAAAGUAGAACUUCACCUCAAUCCCCUUGGGUUAUGUUUAUUCAAAAAAAAAUCAAUGAAGGUCACUUCUGUCCCAUUGAUUUACACAAGGAACCCAUCGAUAAGGUAUCACAGCCUAAAGUUUUUAGAACUGUGUCUGGACAGUUUGAUGAUUAUUCUGAUGAUGAUAAUUAA